AUGGAGGACAAGAAGAGGAAGUAUAACUCCUCUCAGCAGCAGGCUGGUGCCAGUCGUCCCCGUAACAACCAUCAGCAGGGCCCUCAGUCUCGCCCUGCAUAUCAGUCUGGUAACCAAGGACAGCAACAGAAUGUCAGGUACAGCAACCAGAGUCAGCAGACGAGCCAGCGCUACAACAACAACCAAGUGCAGCGCCCCGCUAGUCAGGCGCCUCGCCAGAAUGCCCCAGCACCAUCAGGCUCUCGCCAGAACUCCAACACUGUCCCAAUGAAGCCCAAUGUCAACCCCGCCCCCACUGGAAAUACCUGCUUCAAGUGUGGUCAGCUUGGACACUACGCGAAUGCGUGCCCCCAGAGGCAGAAGAAUAACAACAACAAUGGAAGGGGGGGCGGCACCUCCCUCUCGGCCCAGCCCCCGCGCGCGGCCCAGCCGCUCCCCGCGCCCCUCUCCCCGCGCGGCCCACCCGCGGCCCAGCCGCGCAGCAGCCGCAGCGCCCAGCUCCCGCCCCCCAGCCGCUGA